AUGUUCCUCGGACCCUGGCCUUUUUCUCGCCUUCUGUCCUGGUUUGCCAUUUCCAGCAGACUGUCAGGACAGCAUGGCCUCCCUUCCUCCAAGUUCCUGGGAUGCUUGUGCCUCCUGGCCCUAUUGCCUCUCAUCCGGUGGGGGCAAGCACUCCCCUACAAGAUAGGGGUCGUAGGCCCCUGGACCUGUGAUCCAUUCUUCUCCAAGGCCCUGCCUGAGGUUGCUGCUGCUUUAGCCAUUGAACGAAUCAGCCGGGACAAGUCCUUUGACAGGAGUUACUCCUUCGACUACGUGAUUCUUAACGAAGACUGCCAGACUUCAAAGGCCCUCGCCAGUUUCAUUUCUCACCAGCAGAUGGCCUCAGGAUUUGUUGGGCCUGCCAACCCUGGCUUCUGUGAGGCAGCCUCACUCCUGGGAAACAGCUGGGACAAAGGGAUUUUCUCUUGGGCUUGUGUGAAUCAUGAAUUAGAUAACAAACAUAGCUACCCAGCCUUGUGUCGGACACUCCCUUCUCCUAUCCGCGUGCUUGUAACCGUCAUGAAGUAUUUCCAGUGGGCUCAUGCUGGGGUCAUUUCCUCAGAUGAAGACAUUUGGGUGCAUACAGCCAAUCGAGUCUCAAGUGCUCUUCGGAGCCACGGCCUACCUGUAGGGGUCGUCCUGACCUCAGGACAAGACAGCCAAAGCAUUCAGAAAGCUCUCCAGCAGAUUCGCCAGGCAGACAGAAUUCGCAUAAUCAUCAUGUGUAUGCAUUCAGCCUUGAUUGGGGGAGAGACUCAGAGACACUUCUUGGAAUUGGCUCAUGAUCUGAAAAUGACAGAUGGGACUUACGUCUUUGUCCCUUAUGAUGUACUGCUCUACAGUUUACCUUACAAGCACAGCCCCUACCAGGUCCUGAGGAACAAUCAAAAGCUCCGGGAAGCCUAUGAUGCUGUGUUGACUAUUACAGUGGAGUCCCACGAAAAGACAUUCUAUGAAGCCUACACAGAAGCAGCAGCCAGCGGAGAAAUUUCUGAGAAGCUUGACUCACACCAAGUUUCACCGUUGUUUGGAACCAUCUACAAUUCAAUUUACUUUAUCGCACAAGCUCUGAAUAAUGCUAUGAAAGAAAACGGACGGGCCAGUGCUGCCAGCCUGGUUCACCAUUCCAGAAACAUGCAGUUCUAUGGAUUCAACCAGUUGAUAAGGACGGAUUCAAAUGGAAAUGGAAUUUCUGAAUAUGUAAUCCUGGACACCAACGGGAAAGAGUGGGAACUCCAUGGCACCUACACUGUGGACAUGGAAACUGAACUGCUAAGGUUCAGAGGGACCCCCAUUCAUUUCCCUGGCGGCAGGCCUACUAGCGCAGAUGCAAAAUGCUGGUUUGCAGAAGGGAAGAUCUGCCAAGGAGGUAUUGACCCUGCCUUGGCCAUGAUGGUCUGCUUUGCUUUGCUUAUAGCCUUGCUGUCUAUCAAUGGAUUUGCUUACCUUGUAAGGCGACGUAUAAAUAAAAUCCAGUUGAUUAAAGGACCCAACAGAAUCCUACUGACUUUGGAAGAUGUGACAUUUAUUAAUCCCCACUUCGGCAGUAAGGGUGACUGGGUAUGGCUGAAAAAGUUCCCUCCUGGAGAUUUUGGAGACAUCAAGUCUAUCAAAUCGAGUGCAAGCGAUGUGUUUGAAAUGAUGAAGGACCUGCGGCAUGAAAAUGUCAACCCUUUAUUGGGCUUCUUCUAUGAUUCGGGGAUGUUUGCCAUUGUGUCAGAAUUUUGUUCUCGAAGGAGCCUAGAAGACAUACUUACAAACGAUGAUGUGAAACUUGAUUGGAUGUUCAAAUCAUCCCUGCUGCUUGACCUCAUCAAGGGAAUGAAAUACUUACACCACAGAGAAUUUAUUCACGGGAGGCUAAAGUCUCGGAACUGUGUGGUAGAUGGGCGUUUUGUACUAAAAGUGACAGAUUAUGGCUUUAAUGACAUUUUAGAAAUGCUGAGACUCUCUGAAGAGGAACCUUCUGAAGAAGAGCUGCUGUGGACGGCCCCUGAACUGUUAAGAGCCCCUGGGGGCAUCAGGUUAGGUUCAUUUGCAGGAGACGUCUAUAGCUUUGCCAUCAUCAUGCAAGAAGUGAUGGUCCGGGGUGCUCCUUUCUGCAUGAUGGAUCUGUCUGCCAAAGAAAUCAUAGACAGGCUUAAAAUGCCUCCUCCUGUGUACAGACCCGUGGUUUCUCCUGAGUAUGCCCCUCCAGAGUGUCUCCAGCUGAUGAAGCAGUGCUGGGCUGAGGCUUCAGAACAGCGACCAACUUUUGAUGAAAUAUUUAGCCAGUUUAAAACUUUCAACAAAGGGAAAAAGACUAAUAUUAUUGAUUCUAUGCUUCGGAUGUUGGAGCAGUAUUCUAGCAACUUGGAAGAUUUGAUCCGGGAACGGACUGAAGAACUGGAAAUUGAAAAACAGAAAACGGAAAAGCUUCUAACACAGAUGCUACCACUAUCAGUUGCUGAAUCCCUCAAAAAGGGCUGUACAGUUGAACCUGAGGGAUUUGACUUGGUCACCUUGUACUUCAGUGACAUUGUGGGCUUUACCACAAUCUCAGCCAUGAGUGAGCCCAUUGAAGUGGUAGACCUUCUGAAUGAUCUGUACACACUCUUUGAUGCCAUCAUUGGCAGUCAUGAUGUCUAUAAGGUAGAGACCAUUGGAGAUGCCUACAUGGUGGCCUCAGGCCUUCCAAAGAGGAAUGGCAGUAGGCAUGCAGCUGAGAUUGCAAACAUGUCCCUGGAUAUCCUGAGCUCUGUGGGUACCUUUAAGAUGCGACACAUGCCAGAGGUGCCAGUCCGAAUUCGAAUAGGCCUGCAUUCUGGGCCUGUUGUUGCUGGAGUGGUGGGCCUCACCAUGCCCAGAUAUUGCUUGUUUGGGGACACUGUGAACACGGCUUCUCGAAUGGAAUCAACAGGGCUACCAUACCGAAUUCAUGUUAGUCUCAGCACAGUAACAAUUCUUCGGACUCUGAGUGAAGGCUAUGAAGUAGAGCUUCGUGGACGAACAGAGCUCAAGGGCAAAGGCACAGAGGAGACCUUCUGGCUUGUUGGCAAAAAGGGUUUCACCAAACCUCUUCCUGUACCACCACCAGUGGGCAAAGAUGGGCAAGUGGGCCAUGGCUUGCAACCAGCAGAGAUUGCCGCAUUUCAAAGGAGAAAAGCAGAAAGACAGUUGGUGCGAAACAAGCCAUAAGAUGGAAAGAACUCCAGCAUUUGAAUCUCCUCUUGACAAAGCAACAUUGCAGCUCAUUACAGACCAAGAUAUUCUUCUGCCUGAGCAAGAUACUAGUGAAUGAUUAUUCCUCUGAGGUUGCCUAAUCUCCAGGGAAAAGUCAAGCCAAAUCGCAGUGUAUGGAAUCUCCCAGGAAGGAACUUUGCCCAUAGGUUUUGUUCAUUACCAAGCUAUCACCAAAAUCAAACCAAACAAAAGCAAAGUGAAAACCCCCAAACUAUUGGAAUGCAAACUGAAAUGGAUGUAAACAUCCAGGAAGGGUAUACACCCAUCUCGAAGCUUAGUCAUU